AUGAAUUUGUCCAAGCUGUUCAAACAGGUUAUUGAUUUCUGUGAAGUAAGAGUUGAUAAUUGGGAGAUCUUCACUGAUUUAUCAAGCUCUUCAAACAGACAAUUAACAUAUGUCUACAAAUUGUUCAAGUCUUUAUAUAUCCUAAUGAUUGUCAUCACUGUCCAUUGGUUUCAGAGAUGGAAAACUGUGGCCUGUCUUCUUUCAGGAGUUUCCUGUCUUGUUUCAGAAGAAGGGGGGGAUAGAUUUCCACCUGUCUUGUUUCAGUUUGGGAUUAUUCAUCAUGUUCGGCAUGAUCUUUCACGAUUGCCUACUGGCCAGCUGUGUUAUGAUCACAGCUUUUGGCUCCAGCUUCCAACCAGCAGCCCACCACCUGGUCCCUGUGCUCUUAUCAUGUCAUCAGUCUUUAAGACCAAAGGUGUCAACUACUAUUUCACUUUGUUUUGUGCACUCGACUCCAGUCUCCAACAGCCAUCACCAUGUAGGCUCAAGCCCACUACAACCUCGUCUGGCUUCGUUGAGGCUUCAGCACCGCACAAUAGGCACUCUGGUUUUGCCGAGUCCCUUCCUCAGUCCUACCCAUCCAAUCAGCUAUGUUGCCCCGAGCCCGCCUCCGGGCCCUGCAUCCACUCUACCUGCAUGCAGUUCCUCAUCAUGCAAUGCGGCACCCAUCCCUCUCUGUGGCAACGACAUGGCCACUACACGUCUUCUCUUCCUUGA